AUGGCGAUAGCCGCUCUUGCUGUCUUUCAGCGCUUUCGCUGGCUACUGGUUGCCGCCAUCCUCUCGUUCAUUCUGAUAUUGCUUGGUAUUGGCAGUGACGCAGGACGUAAUGUUGUGAUUCCGUUCGUGAGUAGAGACCAUGACGGUCAAGACGUUGCAGAAAUACCGCUUCGGCUUCUUCCAGUUGGCGAUAGCGUCACRGAAGGACGAUGGGCCAAUGGCAAUAAUGGGUACCGCCUCGAACUUCGGAAUCAAUUGGUCCAGCAAGGACGAUCGGUAGACUUCAUWGGCACGAUGGAACUGGGAGACGAAAACGAAGACAAUCAACACGAGGGAUGGGGUGGCAUGGUGAUUUGCAUCAUCCAGGAGAAAAUCAUGGCCAACGGGAUACUCACCACGCAUCCCAAUCUGGUCCUGCUACAAGCUGGGACGAAUGACGCAAACGAGGCCUUUGGUCUCCCACCGGUCGAACCUCACGACACGGCCAUCGACAGACUUGAGAACCUCAUGAACGCGAUAUUCUGCGAGGUCCCCGAUACUGCCUUGAUCGUCGCGCAGAUCCAAGACAAUCAUUUCGGCACGGAGAAUACUGCGCGAGUGCAGCAGUUCAACUCCGAGAUUCCAGCUCUUGUGACGAAGAAACUUGCCCAGGGGUUCAAAAUCGGGAUGGUCGAUCAGUUCAAGGCAGUUGGCAACAAUCUCGAUACCCAGGGCAUCCAUCCGAACCAAACGGGGUAUAUCAAGAUGGCGCACGCUUGGUUCGAAGCCAUCAACGCCCUCCCAUCGAGAUGGAUACAACCGGCUAGAACGCCCUUGACAAAAGCUCCGUGGUCAUGGUAUCGACAGCAAAGAACGGCCUGCAAUGCCCUCAAAGGCUGGAAUCGUGACUUGUACAUUACGAAUAUGACAAUUGGGAACGAUACUUUUCCACCCCACAUGGACAUGAGAAACUGGACGAGACUUCACGACCCAUAG